AUGUCUUCCAAACUUCUUGUAUUUCUACUCAUAUGCUAUGCCACUGCAGACAAGGCGGAAAAAGAAAAGGAGUUGAAAAGUUUCAAGUUGUUCAAUUGGAAUUGGGAGGAUGUCCAUCAGGUGUAUGUUAUCACCACUUGGCUUCUGGUCGCAUCGUUGGCAAAAAUUAUAUUCAACUUGAUUAAACCUCUAUCUAAAUGGCUCCCGGACUCUUCUCUUCUUAUCAUAGUGGGACUUGCUCUUGGAUAUGUGCUCCGUCAAACCACACUAUCCGGAGCCAGACUUGAUUCUCACGCUUUCUUCUUAUAUCUCCUUCCUCCUAUUAUUUUUGAUGCGGGUAAGAAAUUUGAAAACUACCAGCUAUUAUGCAUGUCACAAGCUACAGGUUACUUCAUGCCAAAUCGAGCUUUAUUCAAGAAUUUUGAUUCUGUGCUGGUUUUUUCGGUGAUUGGUACACUUUGGAACACAUUUGCUAUUGGUGGCUCACUUCUCAUUAUGUCUCAAUAUGAUUUGUUUACGAUGAAAUUCACCACAUUUGAAAUUCUGGUGUUCUCUGCACUCAUCUCUGCUGUUGAUCCAGUUGCAGUGAUUGCAGUGUUUGAGGAGAUUCAUGUCAACGAAUUUCUAUUUAUUAAUGUCUUUGGAGAGGCACUUUUCAAUGAUGGGGUCACUGUGGUUCUAUACCAGAUGUUCAAAAGUUUUGCACUGAUUGGAAGUGAUAAUCUAUCCCCUUGGGAUUAUGCGACAGGAGGUCUUUCAUUUUUCGUGGUGGCGAUGGGAGGAGCAGCUAUUGGAAUAAUCUUUGCGAUAGUGACAAGUUUGGCGACAAAGUACACCCAAGAAAUCAAAAUUCUAGCACCAGUUUUCAUUUUUCUCCUACCCUACAUGGCCUACCUGACUGCUGAAAUGGUGUCACUUUCAUCAAUCAUUGCAAUCGCGGUAUGCGGAAUGCUUAUGAAACAAUAUAUCAAAGGAAACAUCACGGAAGCAGCCACCAAUUCAGUAAAGUACUUCACCAAAAUGUUGUCUCAAUGCUCUGAAACUGUCAUCUUCAUGUUCCUGGGUCUCUCCACUAUCUCUUCCGAACAUCAUGUGGAUGUCAUGUUUAUCGCUGCUACACUAGUCUUCUGUCUAAUCUACAGAGCAGUCGGAGUAGUUGUCCAAUGCUACAUUUUAAACAAAUUCCGAGCAAAAAAGUUUGAACUCGUCGAUCAAUUCAUUUUGUCUUAUGGAGGGCUCCGCGGAGCAAUUGCUUAUGGUCUAGCAGUCUCAAUCCCAUCGUCUAUUGCUGCUAAACCAAUGUUCAUCACAACUACAAUUGCAGUGAUUUACUUCACAGUCUUCCUUCAAGGAAUCACAAUUAGACCACUUGUCAACUGUUUGAAAGUUAAACGAAAGGAACAUCGAGAUGCCACAAUGGUGGAAAGUGUUUAUAACAAGUACUUGGAUUACAUGAUGUCAGGGGUAGAGGAUAUUGCUGGGCAGAGAGGGCAUUACAGUUUUAUUGAGAACUUCGAGAGAUUCAAUGCAAAAGUUAUCAAGCCGGUUCUAAUGAGACAUGAAACUAGGCAAAGUUUUGAUGCUACUUCAAUCAUCAGAGCAUAUGAAAAGAUUACUCUGGAAGAUGCCAUAAAGUUGAGCAAGGCUAAAAAUACUCUACAGAAUCAGAGACUCGAGAAGGUGAAGAGCAUGCAUCAGAUAGCGCCCGAGCAACAAACAGUGACUCCCAAGGAUAUCCAGUUGGCGAGGGUCAUGGCAUCUGGAGAAAACAUUGACCAACUCUACAUGCUGUUCAGUGACCUACUUGACAAGAAACUCGGUGAACUCAAAAAGCAAGCGGAACGGGUUGAAAAACCAACCGAGGACGAUAUUCAGGACGACUACAUGGCUCAAUUUGGAUCCCAAGCAAACAUUCGGUCCAUGACUCAUAGCGCCGACCAACUCGCUUCCGAUUCGUUGUUCCGUCGUGGCGGACGUCGUUUAUCAACGGGGGAUUUGAGAGCAAAUAUGAGGGAUGGAGCAAAACAGAAACGAUCAAUGUAUGAGUUAAGACAUGUUUAG